UUUGCGGAAGUUUGUUUUCAUGAAGAAGUCAGCCGCCAAGAGGCUAAAAUUAGAGUAAGACGUCACGUUGUGUUUGAAGCUCAAUAAAUGGACCUCACCUCAGAGAAAAUACAAAAGAUCCUCUCCAAGUACAAAUUCCAUGAAGUCGCUGUUGAAGAGCUGCAAAAAAUCCAUCGGAUUUACCCCGGGAUAAGACCAUCCACAGGGACAUACACUUUCAGUGACAGCACCCAAAAAGAUCUCAUCAAACUUAUUGGUAACAUCCCUGUCAAGUAUGAAGGUCGCUCCUACAACUUCCCCGUUCUUCUCUGGCUGCUGGACUCGUUCCCUGUCACUCCUCCGAUAUGCCUCCUCAGACCGACCGCUAACAUGGUCAUCAGAGAGGGGAAGCACGUCGAUGCUAGAGGACGGAUCUUUCUGCCUGGGCUGUACAACUGGGAUCAUCCUAAGUCCUCUGUAGUGGGUCUUCUUAAUGAGAUGAUUGCCAAGUUUGAGGAGGAUCCUCCACUGUCUGCAAAAACAACAGGAGAUGAUAAAGACCCCCAUGAGCUUCUGGCUUUUGUCAAUAAUUUGAAAAUCACUGAUGGGGGAAGCAGAAAUCAGAGUCAGUCAAACAAAGUGUCUGUCAUCGGUGGAGGAGAUCUGGGGAUGGCCACAGUGAUGAGCAUUUUAUCAAAGUGUAAAGUGGAUAAACUCGUCUUCAUUGACGUCGCAGAGAGUUCCACCAAGGGAGGCAGCACAGAUUUGGAGAUUUUCAGUCUGCCAAAGGUCGAAGUAUCUAGAGAUUUUUCAGCCUCUGCAGGCUCCAGGGUCAUCGUGGUAACAGCGAAUGCCUGGAGCAGCGAGCAGUCGUAUGUCAACGUGGUUCAGACCAAUGUGGACUUGUACAGAGGAAUCAUCUCAAAUCUUGCACGUAUCAGCCCGAGCGCUGUCAUGAUAAUCGCUUCACAACCAGUCGACAUCAUGACCCACGUUGCCUGGAGGCAGAGCGGCCUGCCUCCAACACAUGUGAUCGGAGCUGGAUGUAACCUGGACUCGGAGCGGCUCAGCCAUGUCCUGGAUAUAAACCUGAACACUCACAAACCGGCAUGGGUCAUAGGAGAGCUUUCAGACAACAAAGUUCCUGUGAUGGGUAACACCGGGCUGAACUCUGGUGUGCAGCCUGAGAUUGCUGCAGGAUCCAACUCUGCCAAACCACUCUUAGACAGAGCAUUUGAGAUGACGAAGAACAGAGGCCAGAGGUCGUGGUCUGUUGGCCUGUCCAUCGCUGACAUCACAAACAGUGUCCUGAUGGAUAAGAAGAAGAUCCACUCUGUCUCCACACUGGCCCAGGGUUGGGGUGGCAUUGCUUUUGAGGUUUUCCUCAGCCUGCCGUGCAUCAUGGGAGCAAAUGGUUCCACGCGCUUGGCUGGAGUGUCGCUCGGACCAGAGGAAGACACCAAACUGAGGGACAGUGUCACCUCUCUCUCUGCUCUCAUGGGUCAGCUCAGGAUAUGAAGGGUUGGAUUGUUCUCACUGGAUUGGGCUGAAAUGGACAGCUGCUCACUGGUUGGGCAGUUUUCCAGUCAGCACACUCCCAGUAGGUGGACUGAGGUGCAUGCAGAUUCAGUUUGCUGCUCAGACUGGAUGCCAUAAAGUAUGGCACAUAGCUCUCUAAAAUCUAAUCAGUUAAUAUGUUUAUUGGAUAUUGUUUAACCUUGGGGAUAAAAACAAAAUAUUUUGCAGAAUGCUUUUCUGUAUUAGGACUAUUCAGGAUUUAAAAUAUACUUUUGUUGUAAACAAUCUUUUCAGUUUUGAAAAUAUGACAUGAAUGCACUGAUAAAUUUCUUUUUUAUCCCUGAAAUUCUAUGCAAAAGCAUCUGUAAAAAGUAACCCAUGGAGCUUUAUUUUUAUCAACAACGCUCUUUUGAAUUUGGCUUACACCAAAGAUGUACUGUAUUUGUUUUGUUAUACUAACCUGCCUGAAUUUGAAAAAACUUUGGUUGUUUGUAGAUAAAAGUUUACUUCCUGGUUUAAUAUGUGGUACAGGAGGGUGGUAGUCAUGCACUAUAUGAUUUAUGAAGGAAAGCCUUAAUGAUUGUUGUUUUGAUGCUGUACCCCUAUUUAUAGAGAAGCUUUUAAAUGCCUUCAUAUUCAAAUCAACUGUUUACUUAAAUGGAAAGACUUUGCACUGCUUUAUUCUAAAAUGCGUACAGUAAAUCCAUAUGGUUUGCGGGUGUGCAAUAAAUUCA